AUGUAUACAAAAAUUAUUGCAUUCGUUAUUCAAAAUUACGUUCAUUUUAAAGCCUUUUCACCACCAAAUCCAAGUUUAUCCACCAAAAAAAUUAUGUUAACAGAAGGAAUAGUAGGAAUAGUUUUCGCUCAAUUUCUUCCUACAUUAGUAAUCAUUUUCAACUUAAUGCAAUCAUUACUUUAUAUUCAUGUAAUGUAUCAACAAGAAAUUAGUUCAAUUCCAAUUUUACCUGACGAAAAUUAUAAAUUCUCUGAAUGGAAUUUAUUAGAUAUUGUCUGGUUUUUGUGUAUCGUUGGUGGAUCUUUAUUAAGAAUAUGGUGUUUUAAAUGCUUAAAAGCAUAUUUUACUUUUCAUGUUACUAUUAAAAAGAAACAUAAAUUAAUUACUACGGGUCCAUAUUCUUUACUGGUUCAUCCUUCGUAUACGGGUGCUACCUUGGUGACGGCCAAUUACCUGAUGACUUAUCGAUUAUGCUAUUAUAUUCCUCUAUAUUUACAUUUUUCAUUUAAUUGGAACAUAAUUUUGAUUUUGUGCAUUAUGGUUUUUGCAAGUGGUAAUAUGAUUGCUAACAUAAUGGUGUAUAAAAGGAUCACUUAUGAAGAAGCAGCAUUGAAAAAGCGGUUUGGUAAAGCAUGGGAUGUUUAUUUUAGUCAAAGGAAAAGUGCGGGACAAAUUUGUCUCGCAGUCAUGUGA